AUGAAUAAAGAUUUUCGAGAAGCUGAAAGAAUUUAUCUCGAACAGAAUGCAUUAGAUGAAAUUAUUGAAAUUUAUCAGCAAAUUGGCAAAUGGGAUGAAGCAUUUGAGUUAGCUCAAUCACAAAAUCAUCCAGACUUGGAAACUGUUAAAGCACGAUACUAUCGUUAUUUAUUUGAUACAGGUCAGGAUGGAAAAGCUGCACAAAUAUCAGAACGUGAUGGUGAUUUGCUUGUUGCAAUUGAAUUAUAUUUGAAAGCUGGUUUGGUCAUUCAAGCUGCUCGUAUCCUUUUGCAAAAUUCAAAACUUUUAUUUAAAGAUGAUUUAGUACAAAAUGUUAUUACAGCAUUGAUACAAUCUGAUCAAUUUGAAAAAGCUGGUGAAUUAUUUGAAGCAAUAAAAAUUUUUGAACAAUCAUUGGAAAAUUAUCAAAAAGGAAAAAAAGUGGAAAAAACAAAAGCACUUGAAGCAUCAAUUAAAGCAAAACAAUGGAGUAGAGCUGCACAAAUUGUUGAUGUAAUUGAAGAUAGCGAACUGGCAAAACGAUACUAUGGCAAAAUUGCUGAUCAUCAUGCAAGUAUUGGUGAUCUUGAGCGAGCUGAAAUGUUAUACAUUGAAGCAAAAAUGCAUCGAGAAGCAAUCGAAAUGUAUAAUAAAGCUUCCCGAUGGGCUGAUUCAUAUCGGUUAGCUACAGAAUUUAUGGGAGUUGAGAGUGAUCAAAUGUAUGAAGAAUUAGCACAAACAAUGGAAAAUAGUGGUCGUUUAAAGGAUGCAGAGCAGCUAUAUAUUGCAAUUGGACAAGUUAAUAAUGCUAUUGCAAUGUAUAAGAAAACAGAUCGAAUUGAUGAUAUGAUAAGAUUGAUGGAAAAAUAUCAUAUCGAGAAUGUCAAAGAAACUCAUCUUCAAGUGGCAAUUGAUUUGGAGGAAAAAGGUAAUUUACGAGAAGCAGAAGAGCAUUAUUUACUUGCUAAUGAAUGGAAAAAAGCAGUUAAUAUGUAUCGUAAUGCUGAAAUAUGGAAUGAUGCUUAUAGGAUUGCUAAACAGGAAGGUGAUGAUAUGGCACAAAAACAGAUUGCAUUUUUGUGGGCAAAAAGUUUAAAUAGUGAUGCAGCAGUGAAAUUAUUGCAGAAAUUUAAAUUACUAGAUGAAUCGAUUGAUUAUGCAUGCGAAAAUGGAGCAUUCGAUUUUGCAUUUGAUUUGUGUCGUUUGGAAGCAAAAAAUCGUUUACCAUCAGUGCAUUUCAAAUUAGCACAACAAUUGGAAGAGGAAGUCCAGAAACAUUAUCUGAUGUAUACAUUCGACAAGCUCGAAUGGCAAUUGAGCAAAAAUUUUGCAUGUGCCGAAAGUUGCUUACUUCGGGCAAAUCGUCCUGAAAUAAUUUUACGAUGUUAUAAAGAAUUAGAAAUGUGGCAAGAUGCUAUACGUAUUGCUAAAGAUUAUAUGCCAGCAGAAUUAAAACAUUUAGAAGAGGAAUUUGAUCAAGUACAGCUAAAAUCUGGCGCAAAAGGUAUUUUAUCAUUUAUUGCACAAGCACGAGAUUGGGAAAGUGAAGGUGAAUAUAUUCGAGCUAUUCAAUGCUAUCUAAAAGUAAAGGAUUCAGAGACAGCUGAUACUGAUACAGUUGUAAAUGCUUUAAAACGGGCUGGAGAAUUAGCAAUAAAAUUUCUCUCAGAUGAUGUAACUUCUGCAAUUGUUGAUGAAAUUGCAGAAAUUUUCAUUCAUUUGAAACGGUUUAUUGAAGCAGCUGAAUUAUUUUUGGCAUCAAAUCAACCGGAUAAUGCUAUUAAAGCAUUCUUGCUUGGUGGACAAUGGUCAAAAGCUAAAAAAUUAGCUAUCGAAUUUGUUCCGGAUUUAGCCGAUUUUGUGGAUGAAAAAUACCGGGAAUCAUUGAAACAGCAAGGUCGAUUAGGUGAAUUAAUGGAUGUUGAUAUUGUUAGCGCUAUUGACGCACUACUGGAACAUGGUCAGUGGGAAAAAGCGCUUGAAAUAGCACAUCAACAAAAACAUCAACCAUUGUUGGAUAAAUAUGUCGCAUUAUAUGCAACCGAAUUAAUUAAACAAAUGAAAUAUGAUGAAGCAUUGAUUACAUUUGAAAAAUAUGGUGCAUCUUCAAAUUCUAACAAUUUUAACAUUUAUCAAAGACUUAUUGAAGAAGUUAUUAACGUACGUAAUAUGAACAAUCCAAACGUUUAUAGAAAAUGGGCAACUUUACGAAAUGUUCUUCUUAUGGUAUGUAAUGGUAUGAAUACUAAGAGAAGCAAAAAGAGUUAUUUAAUAGAUAUUUGGAGAUUGCUCAUUAUGGUGCAUUACGUUCAGCUAUUCUCGAAUAUACUGGAACAGAAAUAG